AAAAUAAGGAUCUUUCGAGCUUUUUAGAAGGAGAAAAUGAAAUAUAUAAAGAUCCGGAUCAUGAAUAUAUUCUCCUAGAUGAUUCUGAUGUACAAUCAGAAGCUUCGAUUGCUACGAAUACGACAGUAAAAUCAGAAACUUCAACUACCACCACGAAUACAACCAACACAAGCAAUUUAUUUGGAAAUGAUAAAAGAAAUUUUACCUUUACCGAGACAGUAACCAAUUUUAUAAAAGCCUAUACGAAUUUGAAAUCUAAUAGUAAUGAUCAUUUGGAUGAAGUUAACAUUGAUUGGCUUGAUUCAGAAAUAGAUUCUGUUUUAGAAGUUGAAUCUACUAAUAGUCAAUUAGAAAACGAGCAAGAAUUGGACAUAGAAAUCAAUAAUUAUUCUUCUAGUCAAGUUAAUAAGUCUAAAGUAGUAAAUAAGUCCAAAACAACGAUAACAGAUACUGAUACUGAACAAUUAAGUCACAUGCUCUUAAAAAUAGCAUUACGUCUUCAAAAAGUGAAUUUAAAUGAACUUGAUAAUAAUAAACAACUUAGUAUUAUGAUUGAAAAACAACCUGAACAAUUCGGUAAAGCAAUGGGACAUUUAAUAUGGAAAUCGAAAGUAGAUAUAAAAAAAAAUAUUGACUAUUUAGAAAAUCCAGCAUCACUUCAGGAAUAUAGAAAUAAUUUUCCAUUAACUAUACGAUAUUUUUUUGAUGGCAUGCUUGAUUAUAUACAAAAUAAAAAAUGGACUAUACCAGGUGACAAUCCUAAUAAUAAUGAACAUAUACAUAAUGCAGCUUGUAUGUAUAUAGAUGAUGUCAGUAUAAAUAUCACUAAAAAUAUUGAUUUGGUUGCUGAUGAAGCAAUUUUUCGUCGUUUGGUUUCUUUAAAAGAAACUCAUCCAGAAUUUCGUCUCUUGUUGGGUGGUUGGCAUACUAGCAAAUGUAUGAGUAUAACACUUAUAGCAAUAUUCUCUGGAUAUGGGAUUUUUAAUCUGGCAGCCAUUCUUGGUGUGCGUUAUUUUGAUAAAUUCGAAAAGGUUGUAGACUAUCAGGCCACAUCGAGAAUAAUAAUAUUAAUAUGGACAGGAGUGGGAAUUGCUCUUCAAAAAUAUAUUAGUAAUUACAAUAAAACUAUGCAUGAUAUUAUGACUGGAAAUAAUAAUAUUGUAAAGGUUUGGUAUUUAUUUUUUUGUUGGGCUGGAUAUUGGGUGGGUCACAAAAUGGGUAUUCGACAUGGCAAUUGGAAUAUGCAAAUUGAAAAUUUAAAAGCUUUUACUCCUCUUUUUGCAGUAGCAGCAUCUGUUAAUAUAACUAGACCUGGACAUUAUCUCGCCUUCGAUGAAGUAUUAGAGAGAUUGGAAGAAAAACUAUUUGUGAGAGAAGAUCGCAAUUUGAAAUCACGAAGAUUAUCAUUGUGGGAACUCUCUAAUAUUCUAUUUGAUGCUUUUACAGCUUCAAAUCCAACAAAACAUAAACUCUUUCGAGGUACUAGCCAAAAUUAUAAGGAGGGAUUUAGUAGAUUAUUUACAUAUUACGAAAUAGGACGAAAUAGAAUCUAUGAAAUAUAUAGACAAGAUAUUGAAAAAUCAGAAACAAGAAUAACAGUUGGACGUAGAGCUCGUAACAUUAUUAUAUCAUCUGCCAGCAAGCAAAAAAUAAAAGUACCAAUUAAAGAAAUGACAGAAAGACCAAUAAAACGUCAAAAAACUCUAAAUAAUGCAGAAUAUAAAGAUGAUUUAAUGUUAGAAUAUCCAGAUGAUUAUGUAACUGAAUGUCCUAUACAAUAA